AUGCCUAAGAAGAAAAAAGUCAAAUCGGGGAAAAAGCGUGGCAAAAGAUUGAAGAAUUCUAGGAAAAAGACAGUGUUAGAAGCUAAAAUAGACAAAUUUUGUGCAGAUGAGGAAAAGUACAUUGACUUUUUAAAGCGUUCAAAUUUGUGGAUAAAAUGUCAUGCGGAGCAAUUAAAAAAUCUUCUUCAUUUAACAGCCCACUACUCAGAUUUAAACUUUACAUAUGAUGAUUUUAAAGCUGCUCUGUUAUCAUUGAAGUGUCCAUUUACAAAGUUUGAAAUCGAUGUAAUUACAAGAUUGCUUGAUAAAAAUAAGAAUGGUUUUAUUGACUAUCAGGAUUUAACAUGCAGCUUAACAAAAUUAAGUCUUGAAGAUGGAACUCUAAAAGAAUUAAGUAUUGAAAGAAUAGCAAAAUCAGAUAGAGGGUCGGUUAUUUGCAAGUUUAAUUGUUUAAAUUGUAUAAAUAUCCAUGAAAGUCCAUUGCAUUUUGAGCAGUUGGUUCCAUUGAAUACAUACACUGAAGGUUUGGUUAACAUUAUUCGUCAUAAAACGUUAUUAUGGUUACCGAAGAUUUCAAUAUUUUUAAGUGUGAAUGCCGAGCCUGCAAGUGAGCUACUAUCAGAAUUAAUGCUAAGCGAUUAUGAUAUAAAAAGUGGUGCGAAAUAUGAUGCACCAAAGUUGGAUUUGUUCUACAAACCUACUGGUCAAAUAUUAUCAAAUGAUCAUUAUACUGUCGAAUUAUUAGAUACAGUUGACACUCUACAGUCUGAUCCUGUUUUAUGGUCUAAACUUGUGACAGAAAAUAUCAAAUUUCAAGAAACUUCACCACAUAAUUUUCAACUACUUGCUAAUAUAGAUAGUAGUAUAAGUCCUUUCACAUAA